AUGUCACACUACACCGCGGACCCAGUGGUUGUACAAGAGUACAAGAAUUCGCAAACUCGGGUCUUGGGUUGGGUGACGGGAACUGCAGGUGCUGAAUUUUACUCGCCCAACGCACCACCAACCGAGUUGGAUGAGGACGAGAGAAUUCCGGGGUCGCCUGUUUCCGAUGCUUGGAGCUCUAUCUCAGUACCUCCGAGAUUGAAGCUACGCUUUACAGACGGUCGCCCGGACCAACCUAUUCCCAAUCCCCAACGUGAUGCUGCGAAAGGACGCAAAUCUAGCACAAGGCAUGGUGGAAAUCAUGACGGUACAAAGUCGUUCUCGGGGCGAAGUCGACAUGGACAAAUAGAGCAGCUGCCCUCUCAAUCCCCCGAAGAGAUUCAAAUCCUGCCUUCGCAGUACACUGCUGACCCAGUACCAACACGUCCCGUUUCGCAUCAAUCGCGAUCGCGUUCUCUUCCUAGGAAUACAUUUUCCCAAACGCAUACCGACGCUCCUCCUCCACCAAUUCCGAAUCCUCAGGUGCCCUUCUAUCCUCCAUCGAUGGCAUCUUUCCAUGGUCCGCAGGUCAAAUUUACGCAGUCUCAGCCGGUUCCUUCCAGGCAUGGGUCUGCUAUCCACCAUAAGCGCACUCCCCCCGCUAUUGUUUACGCCCCCUCUGGUCCCUUUCACGCCAAUUAUCAGCCACCUGUCAUCUACAACUACAUGCCGAAUGUCGGUCCGAACGGAAUGUUAGUCGAGAACGAAGUCAUCAUCGGAACAGGAUCCGCGCCUCUGAGGCGCACGGCAUCCUUUGCGGCGAGUGAUGAGUCCGGGAGCACAUAUUAUGUGAUCCCAACGGGGAAGCAAAAAGUGCAUGUUAUCCGUCCGGGGGAUACCACCGUUUAUGGCUCCUCGCGAUCACCUCCGUCUUCUAGAUCUCCUACGUCCACCAAAUCACCUGCAUCUUCUAAAUCCCCCGUGUCCCCCAUGUAUCCCAGUCCGAUUCAGAAGAAACCAUUUCUUCAACGGCUGUUCAGCCUGGCGCCACGGCUGUCGUUCUCAUCCGCCAGCUCUGGCAAAGGCUCUACUCAUACCAGUCGGCGCCUUCAACGGCGCCAUUCCACAGGUACCCGAUCCCAACGAUCGAACAACACCAGAUGA